AUGAGAGUGUGUAGACUCGGCCCCAGACCCCCCAACUCCCCUCGGCGCCAGGUUGGUCCCCUACGUCCCCCGGGGCUCCCAGCUGGCCUCCGCCCCCGCUUCCCUCAAGGCUCCACGUCCCAGCCCAGUACCACCGCCGCCUGUCAGUCACCUCGCACGGUCAGAACCCGGGGGAGAGGAGCCCCUUCCGGCCGGAAGCACCCGACUGGCUGGACCGGAAGAGGGUCGGGUCUUCCCGGGGCUGUGGGUCACCUUCCCACGGGCUGGCGCCUGGGCGUGGGCGCUGCCCCGGGAUCCCGGCCGGCGGGACCCGGCGCCCAGCGCUGGAUGGGGGCCUGGUGCCGCAGCCCAGGGGCGGGGCCGAGGUCGGCGCGCGCUCCCGGGCUGGCCCGGGGGCGGGGCCUUGCGGGCCGGGGGCGGGGCCUUGAGGGCAGGUUCCGGGACUCCUCCCCUCUCCGCCGGGACAGUCGGCCUUCGGCCAGGCGAACUAGUCACCUCGGCCCAAUGACGAAGGGGCCCGACCCUUCCCGCCCAGGAUCUAGACACACGACGAUAGAGGAGCCUGAGGCGGCUCUAUUGCUGUCGCCGCCUCCGCUGCAGCAAGAGCUCCCUGGUUGUACCGAGACACCAGCUCAUCUCAGUUUUCCCCAGCACCGGGCCCGCCGGGACGGCACCUAA